AUGGCGAACCGCCUUUCUCACUCUCUCGAUGAGAUUGAAGCGCACACUCCCGCGAUCAAGUCCCAAGAUGCGGACACCGAUGUCACCUCCAAGAACGGCGAGCAGAUAAAAGAAGGCGACCAUGUAUACACGCGGAUAAGAGGUGGAAGGCACGAGGGCGAUAAGGUAGACAAGAUGGUGGCCAACCAAGAAGAAGCUGAUGCAGAGGGCGUAAAGCACCCACCAAAGGUACGUCUCCUGAUCCUGCGAAGGGGAGAAGUAGCGACGACAAGACACUGA